UGAGACGGUGGAGGAAAGAAUAAUUGGUUUAUUGAGCGAGAGAGAGAGGUUAAAGUUACGUUUUUUCAUCGGUUUUAAGCAAAAUUUUGGUGAAUCGAGGAAGAUUUUGCGAACAAAAUGGCGGCCAGCGCGAGGAAGGUCAUCCUCGCCGUGGUCGUCUGCCUUGGAAUGGUCGCCGAAAUUUCGCUCCACGCUCCCCGCGGAAUCACCUGGUCAGCACCCCGCUACGAAAUGGCCCCCAGACCGACCCAACUUCUAACACACCAACAGUAUCUCCUUGACGAAAACCCGACGAUACAUGACGUCAAUAUAACAUUACAGGAAGAGAUACCAGAUGACCUCAAGAUAGAGCCAGCGCACGGUGAAGAUACCACGUCACUGAAGAAAAUAUUGGUCUGGAAUGAUAUGUACGGCAAAUUCCACUACGGCUUCGGGCUGGGCAGAGAGCCCUUCGUGAGAGCCGGCUGUCGGGUUGACAGGUGCUUCGUGACAGCCGACAGAAGGCGGUUUUCUGUCGGGGAGUUGGAUGCCCUCGUGUGGCACUUCAGGAGCAACGAUUUGUCUCUCCCGGAAGUUCGGUCGCCUCACACAAGAUACGUGUUCCGGAUGCAAGAGUCUCCCGCCUAUCUCUACUCUUCCGUCCAGCCUUAUAAUGGAAUAUUCAACUGGACUUUUACCUACCGCCUGGACUCCGAUUUCCCCAGCCCUCAUGGCUUCGUCCUGAACAGAAGCCCACAGCCCAUAGACGCAGUUUCAGUGACCAAGAACAAGACGAAAUUAAUUGCCUGGUUCGUGUCCAACUGCCAUUCUGAAAGCGGUAGGGAGAGCCUGGCCCGUACCCUGCAGCAGUUCGUGGACAUCGAUACCUACGGCAGAUGCGGGCCGCUCGAAUGCCGUCGGUCGCGCCAGAACGAGUGCUACGCCAUGUUAGAACAGGACUACAAGUUCUAUCUAGCCUUUGAGAACUCCCUGUGUUCGGAUUACGUCACGGAGAAGUUCUUCAGUGUCUUACAAUACUAUGUGGUGCCCGUCGUCUGGGGAUCAGCUGACUACAUAAAACAGGGUCCUCGGCAUUCCUAUGUUGAUGCUCGGGACUUCGCUGAUGUUGAGUCCUUGGCUCGGUAUCUCAAGUACCUCGAUGCCAAUGACACGGCCUAUAUGGAGUAUUUCAGUUGGAAAUCAGACCAACAACUGGCGACAGGUUGGUCCGCAUCCGCCAGGCCCUGGUGCGACUUAUGCGAACGCUUGCACUCGGAUCCGGCGCCAAAAUACUACGACGAUCUUCAGGCCUGGUUUGUGAAUGGCUCAGCGUGCGAGUCGCCCCUGUCACGUGACCUCGCUCGAUUCAUUCAUGGAGAGACGGUGACACAGCGACGAGAUGGGGAGGAGGAGGUGGUGGAAGGAGGAGGAGGAAGAAGAAGAGGAAGAGAAAGAAGAUGAAGAUGAAGAUGAAGAAGUAAAGGAGGAGGAGGAAGAAGAAGAAGAAGAAUUUGCAGAUAGAUAUAUAGGUGUUGUUGUUUUUUAGACCGACGAGGUAAAAUAGAUAGGGAUAGAUGGAUAGAUAGGGGUUGGUUUUUUUGAGGGCGAGGAAGAUGAUUGAUGAGAAGAAAGUCACAGACUGAUAGAUAUGGAUAGAUAGAUAGAUGGGUGUUGUAGAUGUUUGUAUAUGGAUAGGUCUGCAUGUAAUGAAGUAUCAACAGAUAUAUCAAUGGAUUUAGUGUGUGUGUGUAUGUGUGCGCGCGUGCGUGCUUACGUGUGUGUGCAUCGUUCCGUAUGCACUGAAACAAAUAUAGAAAAUGUCUGAAUGGGACUGAAUAUCUUCACAGAGCAAGAGACGUACUUGUCCUGUUUCGAAUAUCUCUCUGUCAGAAUUAUGUGUGUGUAUUCCUAGCGAAGAUGUACUCGAAACCGGCCAUGUACAUCUUUUGUUCUGUGAAGAUAUUCAGUACCAUUCAGACAUUUUCUACGUGUAUCGUGUAUCUAUAUGUAUAUGUACACACACACACACACACACACACACACACACACACACACACACACACACACACACACACACACACACACACAUACACUCACACACAGAAAUAAGACUUGUAGUCAUCUGUAAACUAAACUAAUCUUCUAUUUAGCAUUUUUUUUAUUUGAUUAUGUAUAUGUAGGCCUAAGUGUUUUUUUAACCAGUCAUAUCAUUAAUGAGGAACAUAUGCAUUAGUUGUACGCUUACGUUUUACACUUAGGAGUAUUUUCUGUAAUAUGUAAAGCGUUAAGAUUUAUUUACGUGCAAUUCAGCAGUUAUUACUCGUCAAUAAAUAAGAAUAAUGAUAACAUUCAAAUAAAUGAAUAAAUGGGAAAAUAGAAAUAAAAAUGAAAAUAGAUAUAAAAUGAAGAGCAUAUGUCUAAAGAGAAAAAAAAGAAGAAUCUCAAAUGAAAUAUCGAAAAUAAGAUGUAAGACAAAUUUUGGUGCUUUUUUUCCUUCCUUGAGAUUAAGACAAAAAAAAAAGAA